AUGUCUAAGCACACUGCAUCCUUGAUGAGGUGGCAUGAUGAAGAACGUUCUAAGGAAGAAGAUGUGUCAGGACAUCCAGAAGAUUCUGAAGCUUGGAAAGACUUUGAUACCAGAUACCCUGAAUUUGGUUUAGACAGUCAAAAUGUUAGACUAGGACUUGCUACUGAUGGUUUUAAUCCUUUUGGGAUGUUGAGUUCUACAUAUAGUUGCUGGCUUGUUGUACUGGUACCUUUUAAUUUGCCACCAUGGAUGUGUUUAAAAAAAACCAUCUAUUAUCCUUUCAACCUUAAUUCCUGGACCAACCAGCCCUGGAAACAAAUUGAUGUUUAUAUGCAGCCCCUCAUUGAAGAAUUGCUGAAGCUUUGGGAAAUUGGAUGUGAGACUUAUGAUGCUUCUAAGGAUGAAACUUUUAAUAUGCGGGUUGGGCUUUUAUGGACCAUUAGUGACUUCCCUGGUUAUGGAAUUCUAUCUGGUUGGAGUGUACAUGGGGAAAAAGCAUGUCCUUGCUGUAACAUUGAAACAAAAUCCAAAUGGCUAAAGAAUGGCCAUAAGUAUUGUUUUAUGGAUCAUCGUUGUUUCCUAUAUCCAAGUCACCCGUUUCGUUUAAACAAGGAAGCUUUUAAUAGGAAGGAAGAAUUUAGAAUGACACCUAUGGAUCAAACUGGGACAGAUGAGUUGAACCAAAUAGAGGGAGUUUUAGACUUUAAUGACUCAAAUACUUGGAAGGAAAAAACACCUUGUGGUACAUUGUUGAAUUUGGAAGGAAAGAAUAAAGAUAAUCUGAAAGCCCGGCUAGAUUUGAAAGAAUGGGGAAUAAAGGAGGAACUUUACCCAGAGAAGAGAGGUUCAACAAAUAAAUGGUAUCUGCCACCUGCUCCUUAUACAAUGUUAAGAAAUGAAAAGCAAAUCUUCUACAAAACACUUCAUGGCAUCAAAGUUCCUAACGGUUAUGCUGGUAAUAUUUCAAGAUGUGUGAAUAUUGAGAAAGCCAACCUGGUUGGGCUUAAAAGCCACGAUUGCCACAUUUUAACGCAACAACUUCUUCCUGUUGCAUUACGAGGGCUUCUCCCUAAGGAUGUGGUGGCAGUUUUAUCUGAUUUAUGUGGCUACUUUAGAGACAUUUGCAGUAAGAACAUACGUGUUAGUGACCUUAAUCAACACGAGGCUCAAAUACCAAUUAUCAUGUGUCACUUAGAAAUGAUAUUUCCUCCUAGUUUCUUCACAGUAAUGGCACAUUUGGUUAUUCAUCUAGCAACCCAAACGAAGCUUGCAGGGCCUGUCAUGUUUAGAUGGAUGUAUUUCAUUGAAAUGGUUCAACUCAAAAUUAAGACACAUUCAUUCUUGGAAUGGUUGAUGAUGUUGAAUAUGUUGAAUCCUUCAAUAAUAACGAAGGGAACAUGCUUCAGACUCAAGAGACGUAGUCGUCCUAAGCGUUUAUCUUUGAAUGAUAUUGAACGUAUACAACAUGAAACAUUUCAUGAGUGGUUUAGGCAACACGUGGAUAAAUUGGAGCAAACAAAUGACAUAAAUUCUUUGAAAGAGGAAGUUCGAAUGCUAGCACGCGGUCCAGUAGAUGUUAUUACAAAAUAUCAAGGAUUCAAUGUCAAUGGUUUUACUUUUAUUGCCAAACGUUUUGACAAGUGUACUCAAAAUAGUGGCGUUGUUGUAAUAGCAAAGACAUCAAGUUAUGCAAGUUCUAGUGAUAGAAAUCCAAUUUUGGGUGAUGUUGCAUAUUAUGGAAGGCUGAUAGAUAUCAUUGAGUUGAAAUACUUGGGUGGGUAUCAGUGGUUUUUGUUUAAAUGUGAAUGGUGUGAUGCUACAAGUGGAAGAGGGGUAAAGAAAGAUGAGUCCAAUUAUACACUUGUUAAUCUUUCUCGUUUGACAAACACGGGUGAAAGAUUAGAAGAUGAGCCAUAUAUCUUUGCAUCACAAGCAAAGCAAGUCUACUAUAUAGAAGACCAUUCAGCUCCAGACUGGUUUGUUGCUAUGAGGAUGAAGCCUAAGGGUGUUUGCGACCUAGAUGACGAUGAAAUGAUGGAAGAUUGA